AUGGACCAUCAUGGACCCGGCCGAAGCCAGGCGAAUCUCCUUCCGUUUCUUUUGCACAACCUCGACACGGGCGAAACCACCAUCCUCGAAGAGGAGUGGAAUACGUACUUGGUCGAGCGUGGCGCUCCGCCCAACUCGACAUUGGGGCAUAACCCUGAAUGCAAGCUGGAGGCAGCGACCGCGGCUGUCGCUAUGCACAAGGCCGAAGGCGCCGCUGCUCUCAGUGGCAGCCACUGGCUGGAAGGGCGACAACGUGAGGCCCUUCGUGCACUGGGAAAGGUUUGA